UAUCACCUUAAAGCCAUGGUUCUCAAACUGGGGUACGUGUGCCACCGGUGGUACGCGGGCUUCCUCUGGUGGUACUUGGAGUACUGUGUAUACCAUGCAGAAGUGGAAAGAGUAUUUAAAUAUUCUACUCAGGUAAAAGUACCACUAUGCUGAUACAUUUUUACUUAAGUACAAGUAAAAGUUCUGUUUUUUAAAAUGUACUCAAGUUAAAGUAAAAAAGUAGCUUAUUUAAAAUGUACUCUUUAAAAUGUUACUUUUUUAACGAGGUUGGGGUUCUUUCUUGUGUCGUGCAAAAAGGACAAGGGGACACAAAUCUCACAUGAAUUGUUUUUAUUUAAAGGCAAACCUUUACAAAUUAAAGGGACAAAAUAAAAUAUGUAAACAUAAUGUGUCAGUCAAAAUGGGUCAAAGGUCACAAACGUUUCAGCUUUCCCCCUCAGGGACCUUAAUUAAUGCUAAUUCACCUGUCCUCAUCAUUCAUUCACCUGUCCUCAUCGUUCACCUCGCUCAUCAUUCAUUCACCUGUCCUCAUCGUUCACCUGUCCUCAUCAUUCAUUCACCUGUCCUCAUCAUUCAUUCACCUGUCCUUAUCGUUCACCUGUCCCUAGCAUUCAUUCACCUGUCCUUAUCGUUCACCUGUCCUCAUCAUUCAUUCACCUGUCCUUAUCGUUCACCUGUCCUCAUCAUUCUUUCACCUGUCCUUAUCAUUCACCUGUCCUCAGCAUUCACCUGUCCUCAUCAUUCACUGCCAACAUUUCCAGUGCAUGAAUUUAUUUAUUUAAAUUCAGGACAACAUUUUUUUACUCAGUAACAUAUGUGAUUUGAAACGUAGUGAAGUACAGUACUUCAAAAAAAAAGUAAAAGCAAGUUGACUCAACCUACUCAAUUACAGUAACACUAGUCAAUCUAAUUCAUUACUUUCCACCUCUCCUUAAAAGGUAAAAUUCUACCCCCAGAAAGUUUAGCUAAGUCAGAGUUGGUUUAAAAACAAAGAAACAGAGCAGUAAUUAGACAAAACACUCAGAAGGACAGUCAGUUUCCCACAAUAUCAAUACACUCCUGAAUCUGGGUCACCACCGAACUAAUCAUUUCUUCCUUGUGCUAUAACCUACAUCCCCAGAAAUGUUUAUUUGCUCAAAAACACAACCUCUGUGGCUAAAGGGAUAAAGUGGAUUAAUACGAUUAAUAAAGAGUUAACAAUCUGUAGUCUGAGGCUUUCUGUGUUGAAACGGAAACGUUUCCUCACAUUAUUCUUCCACUUCUGUGGGCAAAGCAGCACUGGUAACCAAUCACCUCUGUCCCACAUUGACACACAAUGAAACAUCCCACCCACGGUCCUACAAAUGUGUUCACCCCUGGUUCUCAUGCCUGUUGAGUCUUCCAGAGAGUCACAACAGCGACAACAACGACGACGACAACAUGCCUGUGGACUACAGCGGGACGUGGGACAUUGUGAGCAAUGUCAAUUUUGAGGGAUACAUGGUUGCACUGGGCAUUGAUUUUGCAACACGCAAGAUUGCCUCCAUGCUGAAGCCUCGGAAGGUGAUUGCACAAGACGGAGAUUGUUUCACAAUCAAGACGUUCACUACGUUCAGAAACUAUGACUGCUCCUUCAGAACUGGAGAAGAGUUUGAAGAGGUGACGUCAGGAAUGGAUAACCGCUCCUGCCUGACUGUGGUGACGUGGAACAAUGACAAGCUGGUGUGUGUCCAGAAAGGAAAAAAGAAGAACAGAGGAUGGUCACACUGGAUUCAGGGAGACGAGCUUCACUUGGUAACAGUCACAUCCUCACCCUAUAGUGGCUGUAAUGUGUUUAUAUGUGUGUGUAACCAUUUGACAAAUGUUGCGAGGGCCAUUUCUAUCAUCAUAACACUAAUGCACAAUAUAGUGGGAAAUGUCACUGGUGUUUUUUUGUGUGUGUUUAUCCACUUUCAAGGAACUCACCUGUGAAGACCAAGUCUGCAAGCAAGUUUUUAAAAGGACCAUGUGACAUUAAAAGAGCUCCAACAUGAAAAAACAAGUCCUGCAAACAUUUCUUUGUGGAUGAAUAUGCCUCAAUAUGUUAUUAAAGUUCAUCAAAGGAUUGUAUUUUUGCUCUUGUAUCCAUUAUUUUAACAAUCCAAUCCAAUACAACUUUAUUUAUUAAUAUAUUUAAAUAAACAGAGUUGCACUAAAGUCACUUUCUAGAGUCUAACACCUGUAUAAGCAUAGUACGAGCAUAAAAAAGACAUAAAAACAAACAAUAGAAAGAAUAACUUUUUUGUCACAUUUUGAACGAAAACUAACCUAUGACUUUUUUGAGUGAUUUUGGACGGCAUACUAUACUAUGA